GAACAGAUCAGUUGGCGGUGCAGCACUCGAUGUCCCCAACUUCGCCACUUGCUCGUGCCGGUCGGUCAUCGGUGCGGCGCGUGAGUUUAGAAUCGGAAUUGGAAUCGGAAUCUUGUCUCAGUUAGCGCGCAAACUUCUAAGCAAACAGUCGCCAGCGCGCGGCUCCUGGGAACCCUCAAAGUAAGGAGCAGCAACAGCAAGCCGAGCCCAGACCGCCGAGGAGCACUCGGCGUAUGCGUAAUUACGGGCCAUCAACAGCUGGCCAGUUGCCCACAGAGGAGCCACCACCUAUCCCCCGAUGACCCAAUUCGCGGUCCGGCUCUAAAGUUCAAUCCUUGUUUGAGUGCCUCCGUUGUGUGUCAAUAAACUCGCGUGCCCGCUGUCCACGCUCCAGGUCAUCGGAGAAACCACCGGCUGGCCCAGUGCGGAGUCACACGUUGCUCCACUCAGCUGGCAAGACGGUGAGUUCCAUUCGGCGGGGCAUGCAAAUCGCAGCUCCAAACACAAACAAAGCCGGCGCAAACUGGCUAUUAGUCAGCGCGAACGACGUGUGCCGAAAAACCGAAUAUACAUAAAUUAAUGGUGUGGGUAGGAGUGAGCGGAGCCUUGGGAAGCGCGGAUGAGGUGGCUCUUGUACACCCCAGGACCCACAUAGCUUUGACCGCCACCCACGUCCGACCACAUCCAACCACAUCCACUGACGCCUCCUGGCGACAUUAACUGGCCUGCUGCUGCCGCCGCUACUGCCGACGGUUUGUUUGUUUUGUGCCAACUUGGAUGACUCACCGUAGUCUCCGACUGGAACUGAAUCUGAGACUGAGUCUGAGGCGGGUCUGCUGUAGCCAAACACUCUGAGCCAAGCUCAGUCGCGUCAUCACCUUGGCUCAAGCCCACACACGAGCUCCGCAGCCUUCGCAGCGAAUUCAAUCGACUACCAUCGAAUCAAACAGACUCCAUUUGGCAAUGGCGUCACAAGGUUCCGGAGAUAUGAAAACCUCAAGGCUGGCGCAAAUGCAGAUGCGUUUCCAGCAGCGAACACAGCAGGAGCAGGAGGUGCGCAGACGGGAGCUGAUGAGUAUAAAGUCGAGUGCCGAAAAUCUGGCAACUGGAGCGCCCAGUGCCGCUACCACCAGGUUGAUCGGGAAUGGGAAAGUGCGGCAGAUGUUCGACGAACGUCGCCGCGGAGCGGGCAUUGACCGCAGUAAUCCCCUCAAGCCGAUCGGCACUCUGCCCUCGCCACCCGCGCCAUCAAAAUCUCGCCCGCAGCCUCCGAUGCAGCGUCUCGUCAAGGGCGUGUCCGACAUGAGCAUCCGGGAUGCACCCAAUGCAGGCAAGAGGAUUACUAGCGACAGCAAUAACAAUAAGUUCGCCACCCCCCGGAGUACUGUGAACCGGAACCUGAAGCCCGUCGUCACGCGUAAGACGCCGCCAGCCCAGCAGGUCACGCUCCCCCAACGUUCUCCCCCGCCACAACGCAGUCCCAAGAUUCAGACGACCAAUCGAUUAGCUGGAGGAACUGCAGCUGCCCCGCCAGCCACUCGUCUUUCUCCGCCACUUAUGCGACGGGCUGAGCCCAAAUCCCCAGUUAAAACGGUCAACAUGCAGGACACAACGUCUGCGAUCCCAGAGGGCACCGCUUUAUGCCGCUACUGCAGACGCCACUUCAACACGGAUCGUCUGGCAAAGCACGAGGCGGUGUGCCAGCGCAUGGUGACCACCAAACGCAAGAUAUUCGACGCAUCCAAGCAACGGAUCGAGGGCACCGAAGCCGAGACGUACAACAAGAAGUCGAAGGGCAAUCGCAACCGUUCCACGUAUAGUAGUGCUGCCCAGCAGAAGGGUCUGACCACUGGAGUGAAGAAGAACAACUGGCGCAAGAAGCACGAGGAGUUCAUUCAGUCGAUUAGAGCGGCCAAGCAGGUUCAGUUGCAUUUGGCGCGCGGCGGAAAGUUGAGCGACCUGCCCCCGCCUCCGCCUUCGGAGAAUCCAGACUACGUUCAGUGUCCCCACUGCGGUCGCCGAUUCAACGAACAGGCCGCGGAGCGUCAUAUCCCCAAGUGCGUUAACAUGGUGCACAACAAGCCCCGGAACGGUCCCGCGACAAAGAGGCGUUGAGUGGUGAUUGGGAAUCGGUGAACAUGCCUAUUCUUUUACUUGUGAUAAAUAAGUUUGAUGAUUGAAA